AUGAGCUUGUCAAAGCAGCCCGCGCGCAAGGAAUCCAUUACAGACUUCCAAUCCGCCGCGCCAGACUUGGCCCUCACUGGCAACAUCAUCUCCGCCACUUUCCUCACACCGCACUCUCUCAGAUACCACAAGGACGGCACAUGGGAAACCGGAGUACGGCGCGGACAGUCUGCUCUGCUCGACUCUUUCGUAUACCUCUCGUCCGACGAAACACCAUGGCAGCACACGGUUGUGGCUUGGACGGGCGAGAUCGAUCGUCCCCUUGACCACCUUACCGCCGACACAGGACCGAAAUCGACUGCAGACAUUCGUGGUGCGACGCACCUCUCUGCUCCGAUUCCCGUGCCUGGCGAUGCGCCCCCCACACCACCAGCGGUCGAUGGUCUCUGGAUCCCUGCUGAGCACAAAGCCAAGCUGGAAUCCCAGCUAGCCCACGACAGCCAGGUCAAGACCAUCCCGGUGUGGCUGUGCGACGAUGACGACAACCACGAUGAUGGAAUCCUUCUCAAAGACCAGGAGCGGUGGAGAAGGUACGCCGAGCAUGAGCUGUACACGCUCCUGCACUACAAGCAGCACGAGCCCAGCAACGGGAACUCGGAGCGCAUAGAGUGGGCUGACUACUACCGUGCCAAUCUCAAAUUCGCCAACAAGAUCAUCGAGACUUACAAGCCAGGCGAUGUCGUCAUCAUUCACGACUACUACCUCAUGCUCCUCCCCAGCAUGCUCCGGCAGCGGGUCCCGAGCAUGUAUAUCGCUUUCUUCCUGCACUGCCCUUUCCCCAGCAGCGAGUUUCUGCGCUGCCUGCCGCGGAGGAAGGAGGUGCUGGAGGGCGUUCUGGGCUCCAACCUUGUCGGCUUCCAGUCCUACAGCUACUCGCGACACUUUUCUUCUUGCUGCACGCGCAUUUUGCAAUAUCCCUCCGACUCCCUCGGCAUCGAUGCUUACGGAGUACGUGUCGAGGUCGGGGUCUUCCCCAUUGGCAUUGAUGCAGCCAAGGCAGAAGAAACUGCCUUCUCGAAGGAGGUUACUGAGAAGUACCUGGCGCUACGCAAGAUGUACGAGGGCAAAAAGCUUAUUGUCGGUCGCGACCGUCUGGGAAGUGUCCGCGGCGUGGUUCAGAAGCUGAUGGCUUAUGAGCGCUUCCUGGAGCUGUACCCCGAGUGGAGAGGCAAUGUCGUUCUCGUGCAGGUGACGUCGCCUACCACAAUCAGCGAGGAGAAGGAUGACGCAGAGAGCAAGAUCGCAUCCCAAGUCAACCAGCUCGUCAUGAGGAUCAAUGGCACACAUGGAAAUCUCGAGUUCUCACCUGUGCAGCACUUCCCACAGUACCUGCAGCGCGACGAGUACUUUGCCCUACUCCGUGCGGCUGACAUAGGUCUUAUCACCUCUGUGCGCGACGGCAUGAACACCACCAGCUUGGAAUAUGUGGUGUGUCAGCGCGACACACAUGGCCCGCUGAUCUUGUCCGAGUUCAGUGGGACAGCCGGUAGCCUUCGGGACGCCAUCCACAUCAACCCCUGGGACCUGACGGACGUUGCCAAGCAAAUCGACAAUGCCCUGUCAAUGUCCAACGAGAUGCGCCUGGCGAUGCAGCACAGCCUCUACCGGCACGUUACCACGCACAACGUCCAGAAUUGGAUCAGCAAGUUCAUUCGGAAGCUGGUUGGCACGCUCGCCUCCACCAGCAAGAACAUGAUGACCCCGCUGCUUGACACGACCAAGUUGCUUCAGCAAUACCGCAAGGCGGGCAGGCGACUGUUCAUGUUCGACUAUGAUGGCACUCUGACUCCGAUCGUACGAGAGCCUAGUGCGGCUAUCCCGACCGAGAGGCUGAUUCAGACUCUCAAGUCGCUCGCCGCGGAUCCGCAAAACGCCGUCUGGGUCAUUUCUGGCAGAGACCAGGAGUUCUUGGAGCAGCAUCUCGGCCACAUAUCAGAAAUCGGAUUCAGUGCCGAGCACGGCAGCUUUAUUCGGCAGCCAGGCGAGAAUACUUGGGCUAAUCUUGCUGAGCAAUUCGACAUGGGCUGGCAGGCUGAGGUCAUGGAGGUGUUCCAGAAGUGGACAGACAGAGUUAAUGGCUCGUUUAUCGAACGGAAGCGCUGCGCUCUGACCUGGCACUACCGCCAAGCCGAUCAGGAGCAAGCUUUGCAUGCUGCCCAGCAAGCACACAAGGAGCUCCUGGCCGGCGUUUCCAAGAGGUGGGACGUCGAGGUCAUGGAAGGCAAAGCCAACCUGGAGGUGCGCCCUACGUUCAUCAACAAGGGCGAGAUUGCCAAGCGGCUGGUCCACGAGCACCACGCGGACAGCGAUAAGAAUGGCAAACUCGAGUUUGUCUACUGCCUGGGUGACGACUUCACAGACGAGGACAUGUUCCGUGCGUUGAACACGGUCAGCGGCCAACUUAUGGAUCCCGAGUACAUCUUCACUUCGACGGUCGGUCCCAGUAGCAAGGUCACCCUAGCAAAGUACCAUCUGCUGGAGCCCAAGGACGUCAUCAACAGUGUCGCCUUGCUUACUGGUGUUGGUCAGAGUGGUAUGCCCGAGGAGCAACUGGCCGCCGUCAACCUUGCCGCCACUGCGGCCGUGGACGGAAAGCUUCCCGAGUGA